AUGGACGACGGAUACGGUGGAAAAAUAUCUAAUAUGGAAUAUUCUGGAAAAAGAAGACGAAGAAGAAGAGAUGAAACGACCAUUUUUUUAACAACUAGACAAGGAGAUAAAAUAAAUAUAAGUUUACAAAAUCCGAAAUCGACAAAUUUUAAAAGUAGAAAAACAACAGAUUUCGUCGUUAGAAAAGGAGGUAUUGCGAUAGCUGGACCAGGUGGUGUGGCAACAGCAUAUACUGGAGGUACCGCCAUUGUCGGUCCAUACGGUACAGUUUACAAAACGCCACAAGCGACGGCCAUAUUGGGUCCACAUUCAAAAGUAAUUAACAUAACAGACGACGUACGAUUAGAAGACAUAAUAAAAAUGCACAACGAAAAACAAAAUUCCAAUUUUAAAUCAUCAUCGUCAAAACUACAAACGGAAAAACCGGAAGAAAAUAAUUAUAAAAAUUAUAAAAAUUUUUUUUCGUAUUCGUCGAAUCAACCAAUCAAAAUCGCAGAAUUUAAAUCGAAUCGGAAAAAUUAUCGUUCGACGACCGUUAAAAAUCGUUCGACCGUUAUUUUUCAAAAGGAAAACGCGAUAAGAAAAACGAUAGAAAAUGUCAUGAGAAUCGAACAACGUAAUUUAACAAAUGUCGACGACGAGGAUUUUUCACUUAGAAAAAAAAACGAAACUUCUUUGAUUUUCCGUCCGAAAUCUAAAGCGGAAGCUGGUAAAAAUGGCGUCGCUAUAAGCGUACCAUCUUCUCACGCAUACGUAUUUCCCGGACAAAAAACAAAUAUUUUUUUCCAACCGGAAUCCGUUGCGAGCGCUGGUCCUAACGGUUUCGCACACGCUCUCAGCGAUUUACACGUCAGUUAUUUGUCUAACGACACGACGACGAUAUCCUCCCUGGUGACCGGUGGCCUUUCGUAUUUAAAUUACGAUAGAUCGAAACAACCUUUUAAUCCUGUUGUAUUGAGUGCACAUUCAUUAGGUACCGUUAUAAGAGAUAACGAAAAUGAAAGUGUCGCCAUUUCUCCACCACCAGAUGGUUCAAGCGUAGCAGAAGCAAAACCAUUCGGUUUGGCCAUUGCAGGACCGGGAGGAAUCGCUGCAUCAAAACCACAGGGAACUGCUGUCGUAGGUCCCGGAGGAUUAGCCAUAGCAAGACCCGUCGGAACAGCAAUUGCUGGCGUUCAAGUCGAAGGUUCUCUACCGAUCGGAGCUCCACCUAGUAAAAAUAAUAAAAAACCAAAACAAGAACCCGACCAACCGGAUGGCGAACUUCAUUACGUCGGUGGUUUAACCGGACCAAUAGGAAACCCGCAACCGAAUAAAUUUGCUGACACGACAUCGAGAUCCGUUCGUCAGGAAAACGAUAAUGAAAAAUUGGAAAAUUUAUAUUUUCGUAAAAGCGGAAACGUUCAAGGUUUUCAAUUGACUUUGGGUCAAUAUGGCGACAAAUAUGGUUUCUUACCCUCUUCCGAUUAUCCUUCGUCGAGACAAGAAAGAUUACAAAAAAGAAAUUCCGAUUUUCCAAAUUAUUAUCGCCAUGGUACUCGAGUUUAUUAUCCUUAUCAGGAUAACGUUCAGUACUUGAAGUACCAGUAA